GGAAUAAACUCUGGGGGAAGUGUCACGUACAGGAGAAGGCGAAGUAACAUUUUCUUUCGGUUUUUGAAAAUAUUUAUUACAAUUAUCUAAUUAGUUGUGACCAUUUUCGGACCCUGUGGUUAUAGUUCCGUGCUUAAGGCCGACACACACAGCCCACCAUGGGGGACGACAGCGAGUGGAUGAAGUUGCCCAUCGACCAGAAAUGUGAACACAAGGUAUGGAAGGCCAGGCUGCACGGGUACGAGGAGGCCAUCAAGCUCUUCCAGAGGAUCGAGGACGAGAAGAGUCCUGAAUGGAGCAAGUACCUGGGGCUCAUCAAGAAGUUAGUCACCGAGUCCAACGCCGUGGCUCAACUGAAGGGGCUGGAGGCGGCCCUCGUUUACGUGGAAAACGCUCAUGUGGCCGGCAAAACAACCGGGGAGGUGGUUUCGGGUGUGGUCUGCAAAGUAUUCAACCAGCCUAAGGCUCGAGCCAAAGAGCUGGGCAUGGACAUCUGCCUGAUGUACAUAGAGAUGGAGAAGGCUGAGGUGGUCCAGGAGGAGCUGAUCAAGGGCCUGGAGAAUAAGAACCCCAAGAUCAUUGUGGCCUGUGUGGAGACCUUAAGGAGAGCACUGAGUGAAUUUGGUUCCAAGAUCAUUACCCUCAAGCCAGUCGUCAAAGUGUUGCCAAAACUGUUUGAGUCUCGAGAGAAGGCGGUUCGAGACGAGUCCAAACUGCUCUCUAUUGAGGUCUAUAAGUGGAUUCGGGACGCUCUCCGACCGCCCCUACAAAACAUCAACUCCGUGCAGCUGAAGGAGCUGGAGGAGGAGUGGGUGAAGCUCCCCACUGGAGCCCCCAAGCAGACGCGCUUCCUGCGCUCGCAGCAGGAGCUGAAGGCCAAGUUCCAGCAGCAGCAGGCAGCCGGGGGAGAGGAGGCCGAGGGGGAUGACGAGGCAGACGCUCCACAGGUGGAUGCCUAUGAGCUCCUGGAGGCUGUAGAGAUCCUCUCCAAGAUGCCCAAAGACUUCUAUGACAAAAUUGAGGCAAAGAAAUGGCAGGAGAGGAAAGAAGCCUUGGAGGCCAUAGAAACCUUGACAAAAAAUCCUAAAUUAGAAGGCGGAGACUACGGGGACCUGGUCCGAGCUCUCAAGAAGGUCAUUGGCAAAGACACAAAUGUAAUGCUGGUUACCCUGGCAGCCAAAUGUCUUGCUGGAUUGGCCGCUGGUCUCAGGAAGAAGUUUGGGACCUACGCUGGCCUCGUGGUGCCAACCAUUUUGGAAAAGUUCAAGGAGAAGAAGCCUCAAGUGGUUCAGGCUUUGCAGGAGGCCAUCGACGCUGUCUUCCUCACUACCACCCUGCAGAACAUCAGCGAGGACGUCCUGGCUGUGAUGGACAACAAGAACCCCUCCAUUAAGCAGCAAGCCUCCCUGUUCCUUUCCAGAAGCUUCCGCCACUGCAGCACUGCCACGCUGCCCAAAGGUGUCCUCAAGCCCUUCUGUGCCGCAUUCCUCAAGCAAGUGAAUGACUCGGCGCUAGAGGUGAGAGAUGCAGCGUUCGAAGCUCUGGGCACGGUCAUGAAGGUGGUGGGUGAGAGGGUCGUCAACCCCUUCCUCUCCGACCUGGACAAACUCAAGCUGGACAAGAUAAAGGAGUGCGCUGAUAAGGUGGAGCUGGCAGGAGGGAAGAAGGUGGCAGGAGGCGCUGGGGCGGCUCCAGAGAAGGAGAAACCCGCUCCCAAAGCCCCGCCCCCUGCGGAGGCGCCCGCCAAGUCCUCUGGGCCCCCGAAGAAGGCCGCCGCCAAGGCUUCAGGGUCAGGACCCCCCAAGAAGGGCAAGCCAGCCUCAGCCGGCGCCGCCAAGGGGAAGAAGGCUAAAGACGACGGAAAGGAAGUGGUGGAGGUGGAGCUCUCUCCCGAGGCCUGUGAGGAGAAGGCUGCGGCCGUGCUCCCCGCCUCCUGCAUGCAGCUGCUGGACAGUGGGAACUGGAAGGAGAGGUUGGCCAGCAUGGAGGAGUUCCAGAAGGCGGUGGAGGUGAUGGAGAAGACUGAGAUGCCAUGCCAGGCGCUGGUCAAAAUGCUGGCAAAGAAGCCCGGCUGGAAGGAGACCAACUUCCAGGUGAUGCAGAUGAAGUUGCACAUCGUGAGCCUGAUCGCUCAGAAGGGCUCCUUCUCUAAGACGUCAGCGGGGCUGGUGUUGGACGGGCUGGUAGACAAGGUCGGUGACGUCAAGUGCGGAGGGAAGGCCAAGGAGGCCCUGACUGCCAUCGGAGAAGCCUGCUCCCUGCCCUGGACUGCUGAACAGGUAGUCUCAAUGGCUUUUGCACAGAAGAACCCAAAAAACCAAGCCGAGACCCUGAAUUGGCUGGCCAAUGCCAUGAAGGAGUUUGGAUUUGCUGGGAUCAAUGUGAAGGCGUUCAUCAACAAUGUCAAAACUGCUUUGGGCGCCACCAAUCCUGCCAUACGGACAUCUGCCAUCACCCUGCUGGGCGUCAUGCACCUGUACAUGGGGGCCCCUCUGCGCAUGUUCUUCGAGGACGAGAAGCCCGCCCUGCUCUCUCAGAUCGACGCAGAGUUCGAGAAGAUGCAGGGCCAGUCUCCCCCGGCCCCCUUCAGGGGCCUUAAGAAGGGCGGGGAGGACGAAGGAGCUGAAGCAGAGGAGCAGGAGGAGGAGGGAGGCACCGGCGACGUCAUGGACCUGCUGCCCCGAUCCGACAUCAGCGACAAGAUCACGUCCGAGAUGGUGUCCAAGAUCGGGGACAAGAACUGGAAGAUCCGCAAGGAAGGCCUCGACGAGAUGGCGGCGGUUAUUUCCGAGGCAAAGUUCAUCAAGGCCAACGUGGGCGAGCUCCCCGCGGCGCUCAAGGGCCGCCUCAACGACUCCAACAAGCUGCUGGUACAGCAGACCCUGUCCAUCCUGCAGCAGGUUGCCGUGGCGAUGGGCCCCUCCCUGAAGCAGCACGUGAAAUCCCUGGGCAUCCCAAUCAUCACCGUCCUGGGGGACAGCAAGGCCAACAUCCGUGCCACUGCCCUGGCCACCGUGCACGCCUGGGUGGAGCAGACCGGCAUGAAGGAGUGGCUGGAGGGCGACGACCUGUCUGAGGAGCUGAAGAAGGAGAACCCAUUCCUCAGGCAGGAGGUGCUGGGCUGGCUGGCGGAGAAGCUGCCCACGCUGAGGGCCGUGCCCCCGGACCUGAUGCUCUGCGUGCCCUACCUGUACGCCGCUCUGGAGGACCGGAACGGGGACGUCCGUAAGAAGGCCCAGGACGCCCUGCCCACCUUCAUGAUGCACCUGGGCUACGAGAAAAUGGUCAAAGGCGCUGGCAAGCUCAAGCCCUCCUCUAAGGACCAGGUGAUGGGCUUGCUGGAGAAGGCUCGGGCCGUCAUGCCGGCCAAACCCGCCGCCCCCGCCAAAGCUGCUGCUGCCCCCUCCAAGCCUGCGGCCAGCGCGCCUGCCGCCAAACCUGCCUCAGUUUCAGAUUCGGCUAAGUCGGUAUCGGUCAGCGAAGAUUCUGGCGUCUUUGAGCCCAAAGUGGAAACCAAGAAAGUAAAGGCAGGAGGAGCCACUGCCAAAGGAAAGGGUGUUCUUGGGAAGAAGGCUCCAGCCAAGAGCAGUGCCAAGGAGGAGGAGGAUCGGUCUGGGCCCAUCUUCAUCCCGGUUCCCAACGGGAAGGAACAGAGGAUAAAGGAGGAGAAGGGCUUAAAGGUCCUGAAGUGGAACUUCAUGACCCCCAGAGACGAGUAUGUGGAGCAGCUGAAGACUCAGAUGUGCUCCUGCCUGGCCAAGUGGCUGCUGGACGAGCUCUUCCACUUCGACUUCCAGCGGCACAUCAAGGCCAUCGGUGCCAUGAUCGAGCGCAUGGAGGAUGAGCGGGAGGCCACCAUCGGCUGCCUGGACCUGAUCCUGAAGUGGUUCUCGCUACGCUUCUUCGACACCAACACCAGCGUGCUGAUGAAAGCCCUGGAGUACCUCAAGCUGCUCUUCACCAUGCUCAGCCGGGAGAACUACCACCUCAGCGAGUUUGAGGCGUCCUCCUUCAUCCCCUACCUCAUCCUCAAGGUCGGUGAGUCCAAGGACGUGGUCCGCAGAGAUGUGCGCGGCAUCCUGGCCAUGCUCUGCAAGGUCUACCCCGCCAGCAAGGUCUUCACCUUCCUGAUGGACGGCACCAAGUCCAAAAACUCCAAGCAGAGGGCCGAGUGUUUGGAGGAGCUGGGCUGCUUGAUCGAGUCGUACGGGAUGAACGUCUGCCAGCCGACUCCAGCCAAGUCCCUGAAGGAAAUCGCCGUGCACAUUGGCGACCGUGACACGUCCGUACGCAACGCCGCCCUCAACACCGUGGUCACCGUGUACAACGUCUGCGGCGACCAGGUCUACAAACUCAUCGGCAAUCUGUCGGAGAAGGAGAUGAGCAUGCUGGAGGAGAGGAUCAAGCGCUCGGCGAAGAAGACUGCGGCCGUGCCCCCCCGUCAGGCCGAGGAGCGGCCCCAGAGGGCCCCACCCGGGAAUCCCAACGCCAGCCUGAUGCGCAAGCCUGCCCCCUCCGAGGAGCCGCCCACCAAACUCAAAAUCAUGUAUCGCACUUACAGGAUUCAGUCUCGCUCCCAGAACUCCCACCCGGACUCGCGCUCCUCGCCCUCUUUCCCCAGGGAGUUCCAGCUGGACCUGGACAUGAUCGAGACGGACCACUCCAGGGUGGCCGAGCUGCCCGAGCUGGUGCAGCACAAGCUGGACGACAUCCUGGAGCCUGUCGUCAUCCCUGAACCCAAGAUCCGGACUGUCUCUCCCCACCACUUUGAUGACCUGCACAACAACACCGCCUCCACCAUCAACUUCGUCAUCUCGCAGGUGGCCAGUGGGGACAUCUCCACCAGCAUCCAGGCCCUGGCACAGAUCGACGAGGUCUUGCGGCAGGACGACAAGGCGGAAGCCAUGUCGGGCCACAUCGACCAGUUCCUCAUCGCCACCUUCAUGCAGCUGCGGCUCAUUUACAACACGCACAUGGCCGACGAACGGCUCGACAAGAGGGACAUCUUCAAGCUGUACAGCUGCAUCCUGGGAAACAUGUUCUCUCUCUUCUCCAAAGAGAGCCUGGCGCGGGAGGCCUCCCUGGGCGUGCUGAAGGACCUGAUGCAUGGCCUCAUCACCCUCAUGCUGGACUCCAGGGUGGAGGACAUUGAGGACGGCCAGCUGCUCAUCCGCGCCGUCAACAAGCUGGUGGUGCCAGUGCUGGAGAAGUCUGAUCAGACCAACAUCCUCUGUGCGGUGAUUGUGCUGCUGCAGGACAGCCUUAUUUCCACUGCCGGGUCUCCCAAGUUCUCUGAAUUGGUCCUCAAGUGUCUGUGGAGAAAGAUCCGCUACCUCCCCGACACCAUGAAUAGCAUCAACCUGGACCGCGUCCUGCUUGAGAUCCACAGCUUUAUGAAGGUCCUGCCCAAAGAGAAACUCAAGCAGCUGAACUGCGACCUGCCCUACCGCACCCUGAAGACCCUCCUGCACACACUCUGCAGACUGUGUGGCCCUAAGAUACUGGACCACUUGUCCAUGAUUGAGAACAGGAACGAGUCUGAGCUGGAGGCACACCUGAGGCGUGUAUUCAAAGUCUCCGGAGAACUGUCAACCUCCAAAUCUGACAAGGGCAGCGAGAAGGGAGCGGUAAGAACGGAUGAGAAGAUUUCCAGGGCAAAUGUGAGCGACAUCCUUUCAGAGAUUUUCAAAAAGAUUGGGUCGAAGGAGAACACAAAGGAGGGACUGACAGAGCUAUACGAAUACAAGCUCAAGUACUCUGACGCCGACAUCGAGCCCUUCCUGAAGAACACUUCGCCUUUCUUCCAGAGCUACGUGGGGCGUGGCCUGAGGAUGAUCGAGUCGGACCGAGAGGGCAAGAGCAGGACUCCGCCCUCCAGCACCGUCAUCCCCCAGCGUGGCACAGAAAGCUCCGCCUUUGUGCCCGCCCCCAGCGCAGCGCCACUCAACACCAACGGGGAGGAGCCAGAGCCAGCCAUGUACUAUGAGAGGCUGAAGAUCCUCCGGCAGCGCCACCGAUUGGAGGACAACUCCAAGCAGGAGGACGACCGCGCCCCGCUGACCUCGCUGCUCUCCCGGCCCUCCGUGGCCUCCUCCACGGACAUGCUCCACAGCAAGCUGUCCCAGCUGAAGGAGUCGCGCGAGCAGCCCCUUUCCCACAGCCCUGCCCGCGGCGCCUCGCGCUCCUCCUCCCCCGCCGCCAACCUCGACGACCUCAAGAAGAGGCUGGAGAGGAUCAAGAACAACCGCCAAUGAGGAGCCGCGGCCCCCUCAGGGACUGCCCCCCUCAGGGACUGCCCCACGGUGUACAAAAGCCUCGCUGUAUCAUACGCGGACUCCUUUUCCUCCAGUAUCGUGGCACAAUUAAUUGUACAUACUCCAGGCUUCCUAACCACUCAACUUCAAGUGUCAAGAUUUUAGUCUACAGUUUCUCCAUGGAGACUGCUGUCAUAUGUAUAAUUUAACCUGUUCCUUUUUUUGUAGAUUUUAGAAAUAAGGUAGUUGAUUUUUUUUUUUUUUCUCUUCUCUGCUAACUCUAUCAGUUCUGUUUGUCCGUUUCUUUUACCUUUUCUGAAGUUUGUUGUACAAGCUAAAGCGAUGAUUCUGUUGGGAUCAUGGUGCAUGGCAGGAAGUAACGGUUUUUGUAAAUAAAGUUUGCAUUAAUAAAUACUGCUUACUAAAACAUUGCUUACUUCUGCCUUCCUACAUGUCUGGCGUUCCUAGACCAAAACAUAAUUUUUGUAUUUAUUUUGGAAGUAGUUUUUAAAAUGUAUUACCCUCAUUAUUCAUUUAGCCCUCAAAGUUUUAAUGUGGUUUGAUCAAGGCUACAUGUAUUAUCCAUAGUAAAAAGGCAAUAAAGGAUAGAAGUUCUUUCUUUUUUUUUUAAAUAAAAUAAAUUGAUAAGUA